UGCUGAUUGGUUGGUUGCGCUGUCAGUCACACGGUGGCUGGGGGGAGGUGGUACAGGAGUCUCAGUGUGCGGAGCAGGGCUGGGGCGGCCUGGGCAGCCAGAGCACGAUAACUCGCAGGCACGGGGCCUAGUCCGGAGGAAUGGAGGUAAGAAGUGUCCAGUGUCAGGCUGCAGCAGGCACAGCUUCACCUAUCUGGGAUAAUGUGUAAUAAUGGGGGAUGGACCUGAUUUACUGCUACUCUGCACUAAAACCAUAAUACAUUUACCAUAUACACUGUAAUAACUAUACAAUAUAAUACAUUUACCAUAUACACUGUAAUAACUAUACAAUAUAAUACAUUUACCAUAUACACUGUAAUAACUAUACAAUAUAAUACAUUUACCAUAUACACUGUAAUAACUAUACAAUAUAAUACAUUUACCAUAUACACUGUAAUAACUAUCAAUAUAAUACAUUUAUCAUAUACACUGUAAUAACUAUCAAUAUAAUACAUUUACCAUAUACACUGUAAUUGUAUCAAUAUAAUACAUUUAUCAUAUACACUGUAAUUGUAUCAAUAUAAUACAUUUACCAUAUACACUGUAAUAACUAUAUCAAUAUAAUACAUUUAUCAUAUACACUGUAAUAACUAGACAUAAUACAUUUACCAUAUACACUGCAAUAACUAUAUCAAUACAAUACAUUUAUCAUGUACACUGUAAUAACUGUAUCAAUAUAAUUUAUCAUAUACACUGUAAUAACUAUAUCAAUAUACGGUUAUCAUAUACACUGUAAUAACUAUAUAAACACAAUACAGUUAUAAUAUACACUGUAAUAACUAUACCAACGUAAUGCAUUUAUCAUAUACACUGUAAUAACUAUACAAUAUGAUACAGUUAUCAUAUACACUGUAAUAACUAUACAAUAUGAUACAGUUAUCAUAUACACUGUAAUAACUAUACAAACACAAUAGUUAUAAUAUACACUGUAAUAACUAUAUAAACAUAAUACAUUUAUCAUACACACUGUAAUAACUAUACGAUACAUUUAUCAUAUGAACUUUAAUAACUAUACGAUACAUUUAUCAUAUGCACUGUAAUAACUAUUUAAAUAUAAUGGACCCACUAAGUAACUUGCAGGUAUGGGCACAUUAAUAAUACGGGUAAUAGAUGAUGCUCACAGCCUGGGAUUUACAUGCCUUCAUCUAAUGUAGAUGGGCACAGUGUGCAUCUAAUUGGUUGGUAAUUCAAUAUAAAGAGACAACCGGGGCAUAGUGUGCUUCUAAAUGGUGAGUAGUUCAAUAUAAAGAGACAACCGGGGCAUAGUGUGCUUCUAAAUGGUGGGUAGUUCAAUAUAAAGAGACAGCCUGGGCACAGUGUGCGUUCAAAUGGUAAGUAAUGUUAGGAUUGCACAUAUUAAACGGUAAAGCUCUGCAGAAUACUAAUAUAAUCAUGGAAAUUACAGCCCUUGUUGUCAGCUAUUUUAUUGCGUUUCUUUGAUUGUAGUUUUUUUAGUUAUUGCCUACCUGAUGUUUGUCUGAGUCAUGGUCUUACUGUUGGCUGUUUACAGAUUAUUUAAUUCCCGAAGCAAGGACCUACGAGAAGGACUAGUGCUAAUUUAAUCUCAUGUUAUUGUUACAAUAUUAACAAAUAAUUACCUGAAGGAAACCAUUUUCUUUAUUUUUUUUUAAGUCAUGAUACAUGUGUGUGCUAGAAAGAAUGUAUUAUAUAACCGCUGUAGGGUUGUUGGUGAUAUGGGGUGAAGGAGGUGAGAGAUUUUUGAAGCAUUCAUUCAGUAUGUAUAAAAAAAAAAAGCAUAAUUUUUUGAUAAUCUGGUUCAGGAGUUUGUUACUUUUGUAUAAGCUAAAUGGACUUCAUACACCCUAUAAAAGAAGGUUAAUAUUUCAAUUACUUCAUAAAGAGGGACUGGUGAUAGCCUGCUUACAGGAGACACAUUUUUUUUCUGUACAUAAACCACCAAUUUUUGGCUCAGUUAAAUUUCCUAUUGUAUAUCACACCUUUGCUUCAAAUAAAACUAAAGGCGUUCGCACAUUAUUUCACGCAGACUGGUUGUUUGCAUGUACGAGGGGAGAAUACUAAUUUUAGUGGGUGUACUUAAUGGAAUAGAGGUGACGAUAGCAAAUUUGUAUACUUCUUAUGUUAACCAGAUUAAAUUUUUAAGGAAAGCAUUUGGCAAAAUAGAAAAACUUAAGGUUGGACAGGUAUAUAUUUGUGGGAAUUUUAAUUGUGUUCUCUGUGUACAGUUGGAUGCUAAAGGGGUGAAAAGUCCCAGCUUUAACCAAAUGUCAAUGAGUUCCAAAUUAAGAAACCUUCUUGAGGAAUUUGGGUUCUGUGACACAUGGUGCUCUUUAUAUCCAGGAGAUAUGGAUUAUAUAUUUUAUUCAAAAGUCCAUAGCAGAUACUCGCGUAUUGAUAUUGGCCUCAUUGAUGCUUUAUCUUUGAACAGUUUAAAAAAGGUUCAAAUUACUCCCAUUAUCUGGUCAGACCAUGCUCCAUAUUCUCUACUUUAUAUCCAUUAAGAGGCAGAGGUACAUGGAGAUUGAAUGAGGAAUUGUUGGGAGAUAUAAAGGUUGUAGCACUUAUUCACACUUCCAUUGUUAAUUUUUUUUUCAUUAAAAUCAAUAUGCACAUACCUCUAUUGCUAGUACGUGGAUGGCUCAUAAAGCGGUGAUCUGCGGACUAUUGAUACAAGGGGCGCAACAACAAAAAAGAUAGUAUAAUUUUAAACAGAAUAGACUUAUACAGGAAUUGGCAGCUACAGUGGCUAUACACAAACAAAACCAUAGUAAGAAAGCUCUAGAUCAGCAUUUCCCAAAUUGGUGUUCCGCGGAACCCAACACUAAUUGGGGUUCCACCAAAAGUUUAAAAAAUAAAAUAGCCGCGGACGGCGAGGGAGCAGUGAGCAGAUAACUGCUCCCUUGACGCUCAGCACCCCCACCGGACCCCAGGGACUGCUCACCAGCAGUCCAGCAUCCCCACUGGACUCCAGGGACUCCAUGCUAGCACUCCUAAAGGUAGGGGGUUGGGUGGAUGAAAAAUGUAAAAAAUAUAAAUAAUAAUAAUUGAAUAUGUGUCUGUUAGGGAGUUUGUAUGUGUCUGUCAAAGAGUAUAUGUGUGUUUGUCAGUGAGUGUAUGUGUUUUGUCAGUGAGAAUGUGUGUCAACGUUUGUGUAUCUGAGUAUGUGCGUAUUUGUGAGUCAAGAUGUAUGUAUCUGUGUGCCUGUGUGUGUGUGUGUAUCUGUGUAUAUAUACACACACACACGGGCAUACAAACAUAGAUCCACACACCUUGACACACAGAUACAUACACACACACAGAUACACACUGUGUGUCAAGGUGUGUAUCUGUGUCAGUGUGUGUAUCUGUGUGUCAGAUUCAUACACACUGGCACAUACAAGCACAGAUAUAUACAUCUUGACACACCGGCACAUACAAAAAAAAGCGCAGUUUUUUUAUAUUUUUUAAAAUUAGGGGGGGUCCACGAUGUUGAUACACUAUGUCAAAGGGUUCCACAGGAAAAAUUAAUUGGGAAUCCCUGCUUUAGAUAAACUUAUAAAAAUUAAAAGGGAAUUAGUUAAUGAAGUGGUCUGGGUGCCAGGUCCAGCUAGGGUUAACCCUUUUUUAUUUAUUUAUUUUUUUAUAAACAUAGCGGUUUCAGAGAAACUGCUAUGUUUAUAUUAGGGUUAAUCCAGCCUCCAGUGGCUGUCUCUUGACAGCCGCUAGAGGCGCUUGCGUGCUUCUCACUUUGAUUUUCACAGUGAGAAGACGCUAGCGUCCAUAGGAAAGCAUUGUGAAUGCUUUCCUAUGGACUGGCUGCGCGCGCGGCUCUUGCCGCGCAUGCGCAUUCAGCCGAUGACGCUAUGGAGGAGGAGGAGAGCUCCCCGCCUGGCGCUGGAGAAAGAGGUAAGUUUAACCCCUUCCUCUCCCCAGAGCCUGGCGGGAGGGGGACCCUGAGAGUGGGGGCACCCUCAGGGCACUAUAGUGCCAGGAAAACGAGUAUGUUUCAAUUACAGGUUACAGAGAGGCAAAUGAGGAAAUUAAAACAUACUUAUUACUCACAAGGUAAUAAGGCCGGGAAACUAUUGGCCUUUUAAUUGAAGGGAAAAAAAAAACCUACAGUCUAAGAUUCAAUACUUGGAAAGAUUAGAUGGCACUAGAGUAGGUAACCCGAUACAAAUGCUUGAGGAAUGUGCAGUUUUCUAUGAACAACUGUAUAAUUUAGAACAAAAUAAAGAGGUGAUACAACCCACACAGCAAACCAUAGAUCAAUUCUUGCAAACUAUAAAUUUGCCCCAGAUACACUCAACAGAGGCAAAGGCGUUAGAUAUCCCGUUUUCAGAACAGGAGGUUCAAAUGGCAUUACUUAAUACUCCAAGACACAAAGCUCCGGGACCUGAUGGAUUCUCCUCAUUUUAUAUUAAGUUUAGGGAAUUACUUGGGAAUUACCCAAACCCGGUAAACUUCUAACUAGCUGCCCAAACCUUUGCCCAAUAUCUUUGCUUAAUGCAGUUACAAAAUGAUAUGCCAAAGUUAUGGCCCAAAGAAUAAAUCCCUAAUUAUCUAGGCUUGUAUCAACAGGUAGAGGACAACACUAGAAGAUUUUUAGACUUAAUAGAAAUUAUAAAAAGAGAGGAGAAAUAAGGACUCAUAUUAGCCCUUGAUGCUGAGAAGGCCUUUGACCGCCUACACUGGUGAUACAUGGCUUCGGUACUGGGAAAACUUCAGAAUACCUGCUAGACUUAGAAAGGGGAUACUGUCAUUCUAUUCAGCUCCAACAGUGAAAAUAUUACUCACAGGGUUUACAUCACAGAAGUUCUCUAUAACAAAUGGGUCAAGGCAGGGAUGUCCCCUUUCGCCAUUGAUUUUCAUUUUAGCCUUGGAACCAUUCAUCAAAUAUGUAAAACAACAUCAGGCAAUAAAAGGCAUUGAAACACAAACUGGUCCCCAAAAAAUUGCUCUCUUUGCGGGCAAUGUCCUUCUCCUAGUUACCCAGCCAUUAGUUCACUCCCAGCAAUAUUGGAACUACUUAACCAAUAUGGGGAAGUUUCCUUCCAUAAAAAUAACGUUGUCAAGACUCAGGUUUUGCCAAUACAAUUACCAAGUAAAAUCAAGGAACAUUUAACUGCAGCAUAUCCAUUUGAAUGGAGAAAGGAUACACUUACAUACUUCAGUAUUCAACUGGCGACUUCCAAACAAAAAAUGGUGGGGACUAAUUUAGGUAGUUUAUUAAUUGGUUUACAUAAAACUGUACAACAAUGGAAGAGGAGGGGAACUUCUUGGUUAGGCCGCAUAAACUCGGUGAAGAUGAAUUUAUUACCUAAAAUUUUGUUUCUAUUCCGUACAAUACCCAUAUUAAUUUCCAAAAUAAUUUUAAAUAGAUUUCAGAAACUAAUUCCCACAUAUUGGGGGAAAAAAAACACCAAGGGUUUCAUUAUCAUCAAUGUGUUAUGGGGUGAUUAAGGGAGGACUUGGAGUAUAUAAUCCCUUUAAAUUGUAUUGAGACAUGUAUUUCAUUCAUGAAAAGCAUGAGAUAAAUAAUUCUAAGUCUCAGAAUAGUUGUUUUUAAUGAUUCGGUCAUGUAUUUUAUAUUAUACUAUUUUUUUUUCCUUCAAUAAUGGUGCAAACAUUCACACUUCAUGCUUCUGUGGUACAAACUCUUUUCUAGAAAGCCUUGGGAGAUCUUGUGAAAUCACUUGGGAUAAGAUUUUGUACAACUCAGGGUCACCGUUACAGUAUGUCUCCUAUGACUUACAAAAAGAAAGUCCAUCCCCUCACUGAAUAAGUCACUGUAUUUGUAAUGGGUUGACUGGAGCCAUGUACUAAGUGUUUAUUGAACCAUAAAUUAAUUAAAACAACUUAAGUGAUUUCUGAUUCCUGACAUGGCCGUUUUAAUGUAAAGAUCCAAAUGCAGCUUAGCAUUUUCUAUUUUACGUUAUUGAUCACAGGAAUGGCGUAUAAUCCAUUUUACAAUACAGAUUUGAAUGUGAAAUCCUGAGAUGACAUUUAGCUCUGCUUUCAAUUUCUGUGAAGUGCUCUUAACAGAGGGGCACAGUGAGUGACUAGCCAAUAUUUUGACCUUUUAUUAUCAGUAGAAUGUAUAAAGGUUCUGGAAUAGGGCCUAACACAUUCAAAUGGUACAUUAAAAGGAAGACCUGGGAUCAUUUUUUUUUUUUUUUUUGGCGCACUUGGACAAAGUAGUUAAAACAAAUAAAUAAAUGUCACUAGAUUUUCAAAAUUAUUUUCCAAAGUCCUUAAAAUCCUACCUGCAAGUUACGCAGCCAAACACUAAAGUGUUCCUUUAAACCGGUAAAGAGGGGAGGGGGACGCUGCACCCUGACCAUUUCAUAGUGUCCCUUUUAACAGUGCAAAUCUAGCACUGUAGCUUCACUGUGUAAAACUACCUGCAGCUACAGGCAGACUCCCUAACUGGGAACAGACACUUAGGGCAGGAAUGUCACAUUCCCUUUUAUUCGUAUCCCAUAAACCAACAGUGAUUUAUGUGAUAAGUAGUGGACAGAGUGAAGUUUCAUUCAUCCCACGAGAUAUGCAAAUAGAAGCCAUACAAUAUACACACCGUCUGGUUUACUCUACAGCAAUUUAUGUUUUUACACGUGGGUCUCUUAUCCCUUUCUCUAUAGUUGAUCAGAACUGCAAAGAUUUGUUAAAAAGUUCCUAGCUAUCAUACUGCCACUCUUCCUUCUGAUCUCAAAAAAAGGAAUCUACACUUCCUCCCUAUAAAAACCUCUUAUGGCAAUAAUUUUAAAUGUGACAUUUUCAAUCCAUUACAAAUCAGAUUUCUGUAUGUAGAUAGAACCUACUUAACUAAUAUAAUGAACAAUGUUAAAGGUAGUUUUUAAAAUACAUAUUUUUUUAUGUUCGUGUUCAUAUAUGCACACAACUAAAUACUUCAGAUAUACAUAACAUUUUUAAUAUUUAUCAAUCCCAAAAUUGGUAAAUAUUUACCAUGAGUAGAUUCAUGUGGCUUACUGCUGAAGUUGUAUCUCCUUGGUGGGACGUAGGUGCAGUUUUAUUUUGCAAAAAUGAAUUGUGUGGCAAAUUCUGCAUUAUUCAUUGACUAUUGUGCUUGUUGACUCUGCCAGGACAUAUCUGCUUUAUCACACUGGAGAUGUAAAUUAAUGGGGAGGAGUAGUCAAGCUAAUCCAAUUUAGAUGGAUGCCCCCCAGAGGGCCAAGGAUUUUAAAAUGGGACGUAUCUACUUUAACCUUCUUUCUGACACAGAUAAUGUGGAGGCAGAAAGUGGCCCUAUCAGUAAGAACUGCUCUCUGUAGGAAGAGUAUUACAUUAUUAUGGUAAUGCUAUUUCUGAACUGACUGCAAUCCUCUGUCCUAAUGUGUUUUAUACCCCACCUCCUAUAGACUGUAAGCUUGUUUGAGCAGGGCCCUCUUCAAGCCAUCAUUUCUGUAAGUUUUCUUGUAAUUGUCCUAUUUAUAGUUAAAUCCCACCUCUAAUAAUAUUGUAACACGCUACGGAAUCUGUUGGCGCUAUAUAAAUGGCAAUAAUAAUAAUAAUAAUACAUGUAACAGUAUGUUUUAAUGCCUAUCUACUAGUAGUGAUGUGUGUUAUCACAGUAUUCAUCUUGGAGUGGAAAAAAGUAUUGUCCACAUAAAACUUCAAUUUAUUUAUUUGCAUACAUUUUUUAUUCUAAUGCCUAUGAAAUGCAUGUGCUUUUGUUUAUAUAAAAUAAAUGGAGCAAAUAUAACCACAAUGAAAGGACAAACUUAGCGUGCAGACUUAAGAAUAACAUGUUAAAAAAUGUUCCCUGAUCCUACUAUUUACAUCAACCAUACCACCAGAAAAGAAGAGACUCUGGUUUUUGGAAAGUUUCAGCAGCCACAUACUAAAAUUACAAGUACUUAUAUUCCACAUACCCCCUAUGUUAAAAAUGCUUACCUAGCAUGUAUAUUUUGUAUGGAAUUAUUAUUAUUAUUAUUAUUAUUAUUAUUAUUAUUAUUAUUAUAUAUUUUUGAGAACUUCACUCUAGUUCAUCACUAUACUGGGAAUUGUGGAGAAUUAGCAAUUGAUUUACAAAUGUUGACAAAUGUUUCCCUGUUUGCUUUGGCCUAAAAUUUGCAAUUCAUUAUUGUUCUAAUCACAGUUAAGUGAUUAGCCCUUUGUGUCAAUAUUUCUUCCUUGUGUGUUUUUAUACAUAUUUAUGCCUUUUGUACUGGGUAAAUAAGUAAAUAAAAACAUAGAGCUACAAGAUUCUUUUGUUUCAUCAGUAUGCGUUUGAAAAGUUUUUUUUAAAUGUUUUCCUUUUUUUCUUCUUUCUUCUUAGGUGGAAGGUCUCUUUACCUACGCUAACCAGACUUUAGUACCACUGCUGCUCUAUCAACUGUCCCCAUAGUUUUAAUGCUUGAGAGUUGCAAUGGAAGCUGGCCAAGAGUGCCAAGGAGAAACUGCUGGCACAAAGCUAGCGUCUGUCAUUUGUGAAAAAGCAGAUUGUAUUCGCUAUGAUGCAGACUCCGAAAAAGUUGAAACAUCUCUUGGGCAGUCUGGAAUGUUUCUGGACCAACAAACUUCAGCUAAGCAAAAGAAGUCUCCUUUUAAAUUCUUUGGAGGCAGAAAGAGCAUUUGUACUUUGCCGAGCUUUUUUGGGGGAAAACACAAAGGCCUGAGCAAAGGAAGCUCCAAAAAAGGAUUAAGCAAAAGCAAAACCCAUGAUGGCUUCAGUGAUGUACCUAGAGAAGAUGGGAAGAAAGAGAGUUCUUUUCAAAGGUUCCACAUGCAUGAACAUACAAAGUUUACAAAUACUUUGCCAAGCUCUCAGAGUGCAGAUUCUGGUAUUACUUCCCCAGUUAAGCUUGAUUUUAACUUUCAUGAUUCAUCCCCCUUAGGCAGCACAGAAUGCUUUGAUAAGAAGCUAAAUAGUGAGAAAUCUCUGUCCUUUCCCAGACCAAAAAAGGGCUUAAAGGGUUUAUUUAGUAGCAUUCGUCGUCAUAAGAAAAACAAAGCCAUAGAUUCUGAGAAAAGUGAGAUUUCUAACAAUAUCCCCCCUUCUAUCAUCUUGGAAAAAGUGACCAUCAAAUACACAAAUGAGGAUAGUGCCAGUGAUAAACAUAAUGAGGGCUCUGUUGACCCUGUACCUUCAGAGAAUUACCUUGAUGCUAUCCAUGAAAAAGAAUUAACAGUUGAAUGUUCUGAGAACUUCUCAGAUGUGCCUCAACCCACAGAUUUACCUUCGGAAGCUAAUCUAGAUGCAACGGUAGACCAAAAAAGUUCAUUUGAGUUGAAAACCAAUUCUGCAGUUUGUGCAAGUCCUGAGGAGGUGUUCCUAGAGGUACUAAAUACCGAUCACACAACCAGAGAUUCUCUAUCAGGUGGUGAUCAAAUUAGCCUCAUGCUGGAAGAUGUUUCUUCACUCAAAAGUUUUGACUCUCUUACUGGCUGUGGUGAUAUAAUUGCAGAUCAAGAAAUUGACCACAUGAGUGACAACACAAUCACGUUGGAGCGAAACCGGGAAAUAACAAAGAGAAGUUCUUGCCUCGUGACCUACCAGGGUGGCGGGGAAGAGAUGGCAACACCAGAUGACAUGGAAGAAGAGUAUCUCCAACAACUUUUGGAGGAUUCCACUGGCGCAGAAGCAAACUAUGAACUGAACCAAGAAAAGGAAAAUGAAGGGAAUUCUAAAAGCUUUAAUCCCCUUGAGGCUAGUGAGUUUCCUUUGAAUGUUAAAGAUCCAUUUGAUAGAGCACUUAUGUGCAACACAGAGUUGUUGACCCCACAGAGUGAUCAGCAAGAGUCUGCCCCAAAUAGUGAUGAAGGCUACUAUGAUUCUACGACACCUGGUCCCGAAGACGAUUCUGGGGAAGGCUUCAUUCAGAAGGAGCGGCUACCCAGGGAUAGCUACAGUGGAGAUGCACUCUAUGAGUUUUAUGAGCCUGAUGACAAUCUAAUGAGUCCUGCACCAGGUGGUGAGUCUUUAUAUGAAAGUAAAACAUCAUGUUCUGAAAUUUUUGAUCAGUUUUUUGGUUUUGGUAUUCCUGCAGACAGUGGCUCAAUUCAGAAGGCAGAACGUAAAAGGGGUGCAACAGAGACAGAAGAAGAGAGACUUGCAGUGAUUCAAAAACAGCUUCUCUUUUGGGAACGACAAAGAGAGGCAGCACUAAAAGAGAUGGAAGGUCCAGUUGCUGAUCUGUUUUGCAAAGAAAAGCUGAAUAUUGAAUGUGAAAACAGAACUGCUAAUUUAGUGGACAGGAAUAUGAGUUGCCUUGGUAGCAAUCUAGCAUUGUUGCAAAAUACAAACAAAGAUGCAAUCGGCAAAGGAAUUCAAAAUGUACAGACUGAUCAUCAAAGCUGGACAGACUUCCAAGAGAAUUCUUUUACACACACUAAAUCCCAGGAAUGUUAUAGUCAACAUUUAGAGGGUAACUGCCUUAUCGAGGAUGAUGCUGGUUUUGAGUUGAAUGUUGAUAGCCUUGAAGCUCAAGAUCAGGAUGAUACCAGAAUAUCAAGUUCUGAUAACUUUACAAAUUUUAAGAUUCCCUCUAUGCACCAUGUCCAGAAUGUAUUUGAUACUGUAUACAAUACACAAAAUGAAUGUGAGGAUGCUGCAGAAUUCAACAAUUCGGAGUUCAACAAUGGAAUGUUAUUUUCUAGUAUAUCUGAACGCUUGGGAAGAACUGGCUCUAGCUCCUCGUUCCAUCACAAUCUCGAUUCUCUUCCGACCAUGGUUACUUUUGACAUUGUUGAUGUUGAAAAUGAAGGCGAAUGUGAACAGCAAAUAGAUUUGAGUCCAGAUGAAGAGGACGAUACAUCAUUUGAGACUUUUGAUCACAGUUAUGUUCAGGAAUCUUUAGCAGAUUGUGAAGAACAGUUGUUUCAAGUGGAUUCCCAUCUUCCUUUCCACAGCUACAACUGGGGAGUAGCUAGUCUUCCCCGUCACCUUGACCACUAUAAGUUGAUUCCCUCAAUGCCUGUGCCGCUUUCGCUUAACCGAAGAAGCAAGUCUCUUGACACAGAAAAUAUGGAGCUUGAACUUGGGGGUCUCCAUUUGUCUAGAGCUGGCCUCCCAUCCAACGAUCACUCAGCCAAUUGGGAAGAUGGUCCUAAUCAUUGGAGUUAUGGAGAUGCAUGUUCCCAGGGAGGUGAGGGUGCAUGGGAUGAGCGUAAUUGUCUGACACAGGACAUUCAGACUGCUGGGAAUUUUGAAAGGUGUACUUCAGAUGUACUUUCAAAGCAGGGUUAUAGCAGAAAUUCUAAAAACCCAAGCUUAAGUAAAAAGGUGUCACAACGUAUCAAACCAAUUACAAGAAUAACCAACACUACUUUACAAUGUAACACUAAGCUAUCCCAAGAGGUAUCCAACUCUAACCACUAUUAUGGAGAGAACACUACAAAGAAACUUGCUCUUGUGUUGCCUUUGGAAGAGAAAAGGGACUUGGCUCUAUACCCAUCUUUCUGUGAUCCUGCUGUACCAAUAAAGCAAUCAAAAAACAAACCUGUGGGCAUCACGCAAGCAAUGCCUCAGCAACACAAGAAUGCAGGGGGCUCUCUUAUACCUACAGGAGAUUAUAAAGAGCAGUUUGUACCCACCAAGAAAGGGACAGUUGUACAGAGAGCUACUGCUUCUGAUGAUUGGAGUAAUCAUCUUAGUGAAUGUACUAACAGCUAGUGUUUUGUGAAAUUUUUAUAUUUGCAUUUAUUUUAAGUAGGGAGACAAAAAUAUAUAUUCCAUGUCAAGUGUCCUAAUUUUGGACGCAAACCAAAAGAAACUGCUGAGCUGGGAGGGAACAAGUCUGUUCUGCUAUUGCAAUAAAUAUUUGUUACUAUUUAUUUUGCCAUAGCCUACUUGGUGAACAAAAGAUUGCUAACCUGUUUAUUUUAUGUUGUCUAUGGCUCUUUGGUUUCAUACUGUUAGAUCUACCUUCAAACACUAUGGACAAAGUCAUAUCAUCUGAUGGUGUGGGUUCUUUUUAAAGAAACACUUUAUAUUUUUAAAAUCUAUGGUGGUGUUGGGUAAUGGCAUUUUAAUUCAGCAGAGGAUUAUUUUAUGGGGUUAUUGAUCUGGCAUCAUUAUUGUAUUGAUAUUGACAUAGACAGCAUUUUAUGAAUGUAAAAGCAGACUAUGUGAGCCUGUGAUAUUUUGCCCCAUUGAUAUUUUACUAAGGGUGAAAGCUGUUUUGGUGUUGCCGUUUCCCACACUGACAAAGAGACUACAGGAUGGUAGAGUUCAAAAUAAAGAUCGGUCAUCUACAAACUAAAGGAUGCCAAGUCUGCUGCCUGUACAAAACCUUUUCUCCUAAAUUAAUUAGAACACUAGACCAGUUUCCCAAAACAAAAUGUUUUGUAAAACAUACAUCUCAUUUAUACUUCUGUUAAUAUUUUGGGAAGCACAAUGUAAGUAGGACCUGUCUUGCCACACAGGAGCGUGCUGCUUAAUGGUUAAACUUUUAUUAGCAUUUUAAGUUUUUUAAGGUAAAACUGUAAUGCAUUUAUACACUACUUUUUUAUAUUAACCUCCUAGAAGUAAUCGAAGCGUUUGUUACAAAUGUUAGUCUUACGUUUAAACAGAUAUUCUGUGUUCCAUCUACAUUGCAGAUAACCAGACUCCUUUUUCUCCCGGUUUCAGCUUGCUGUGUGAAGCUUGCUGUAAACUUUCUAAAUUUGCAUGGGCACCAUGAAAUAUUAUCCUAAAAUGUAUGUAGUAGGUAAGGAAGGUGAAGGCUGGUGUUAUACGUCAUACCUGAAUAGUACAUAUUUUUGUUUCAGUAAACGAUUGCAGUUUGUUUGAUUUAACCUCUGUUAUAAAUAUAUUACAGUUUUCCUUUAAAUAUUUGGUGACCAAAGAUGUUCUAAACCAUCAUCUCUUUUGAACUUUUUUUUGAAAAUUAUUUUUACAUAAGAGGGCAGCAGUUCUACAGAUUCCUGUUAAUGCUGAAAAUGGUGUAUUGAUGGACUAACAAUUUAUGUAAUGUCAUUGGUGAUUGAAGACAAAGUACAGAGUUUCUGAUUUUGAUAUUUUACAAUGUAUUAAUGCAGUUGCACACUAUUGAUAUAUAUGAUUUUGUUGAAAUCUUCAUAUAUUGCUUCACUUUAUGCAAAUUGGUUUACUGUCUUAUGAUUCCUUCUGCUUCAGAUAGGAAAAGUCUAGAUCGGAAAUGAAGUAAAGUCUUGUAGAUCCACUCAAAUUAAUUUAUCUUGCCUUUCAGCUCAUGUAUUACACCUUUUUAAACUGAGAUUGUAAAAGGACAUUAUAGGCACCAAAACCACUGCAUUGGUGGUUCUGUUAAAUAUAGCAUGUUGCUGCAGGCUAAGCAGUAGAAAUGUUGCCUUUUUCUGAGAAACGGUGGUGUUUUCAUUAGUGCCUAUGGCUGCCAGUAGAGGUAUUUCCUGGACCAAUGUUCAGCUUUACAUAGAACUGUAUUGAUUCAAUACAUCUCUGAUGAGAUACUGAUUAGCACUGAUGCAUUAGCCUUACAAUGCCCUAUGUGGUACCACGCGACUAAUACCGCAUAGGGAUCUCCGCUAGAGAGGUGUGUGGACGGUAGUGAAACUGGGCCCCAGAAAGAAAAGUUUAGUAAAUGUAAGAAUAAUUUGGUAAGUCAAACUCUAGAUUGAUUGCACCUUGGUACAUUUAUUACGAAUGCCGGGUUGGCAGCUAUAAAAUAGUCACUAUGUAAUAUUUAAUUAUCAGGAGUUCUGCAAAUCCCAUCAUAACAUGCGAGUCUUGGUGAAUCAUUUGUCUUUAAUUGGCUUAAUGAGGAACAACCUAAACAAAAUAAUGUUCAGAAUAGUUUUAAAUGUAAAAAUUCUGGCUAAUAUAGCUGAGUGGGGCAAUAUUUCUAUACCAGCGUUUUUUUUACCUUAAUUUUGCAAUUUCGUUCUCUUUUGUUUUUAGUGAAUUAAGCUCCUAGUGUAUUUGUUUAAAAGUGUUCUGUAGGUUCUAAUAUUUAAUUUUGUUCUGUUGUGUUGGUACUUUUUAAAUCCUCUGCUUGCAGUCCAUCUGAUAAGCGUAGGAACUGGAUAAGCCUGAGUAAGAUACCCAAAAUGCUUUAGCCUGUAGCUUUAUCCCUUUGUGAAUACAUCUCAUGGUUCACUGCAUCACGAAACGUUCAAUGAAUCUAACUCUGUCUGUUCUAGUUUGGAAGAGGCUGUUUUGGUAUGAGUGAACACAGUAAAUGCAGCUUUUGAAUGUUGGGUUACAUUUUCAUGUAUUUUGAAAGAAAACAAUUAUAUAAUUGAAAUGCUCUAAGCUUGCAGCUUCACCUUUUAAAGUGAAUGUGUCGGCUUUUAAUUUUUUUUUUUUUUUUUUUUAAAUCUCAUUUUAUAAUUCUGUCAGGAGUACAGAACUAUUGUGAAAACCGUAACAUUUCUAGGUUUGCUUCCUUUCAAGCCAGUUGCGCAAAACUGAUUAACAACCAUCUCUAUUAACAAACAAAGCUGGUAGGGUGACUUUUUUUUUUUUUUUUAAACCCCUUCUACUCUGAGGAAGGUUCCUCUUCAACCCUUAAAGAGACACUACAGUCACCUAUCACAAUCAAGUGGUCUGGGUGUCCUGUAUCCCCUAUUAUAACCUUGUCACUGAAAACACUGCUGUCCUGCAAAACCACAAUGUUUUCAUUGCAGCGUUUAAACUCCUCUAGUGGUUAUGAUAGGAAAAUUUUUUGCUAUUGCUAUCACAUGGUCUCAGAGAGACCAUCGCGGCAUGUUUUGGCAUAUGCACACUAGCCUCUCAACGCUUUUCUUACGUGGCGGAACUUCCCCUCAGAGGCCGGUGCUGCAACGGACAAAAGGUAACUAAAAUACCUUUUUAAUUUUUUAUUUCAUUCCCUGCCGGUAGGGCCUAAACCGCAUUGUAUUCCUAACUCUAUAGUGUUUGAGAUGCAUUAAUUAACAAGCCGAUUACCCAGUCUGGAAGCGCUCUUAUUCAUUAUGGAAAUUAUAAUUUUAAAAAUAUGCCGGAAAAUGUAACAUAAAUUUAAAUAAAAAAAACACCCACUACUUGGAAUAUCCCUUAUGGGGUGGUAUCUUCAAACAGGAAAUCACACUGUUAAUGCUUAUUAAAUGGUAUCUUACUGGUACGCUGACAACAGGAUCCUAAUUAGCCCCACUGCUCCUUUAUAUGCCUAGUCACCAUAAAGUGUAUGAUAUGGAUAGUUGUACAAUUUGUUUAAAUUCAACUUGCUCCUAAAGUAAUAUGUAAAGACUAUACUCAUUAGGCGUAAGGUGUUUUUAAAAAAUUACACAACGCAACUAUCUGUGUCAAACACAUAACAGAGACGGGUAGGGAAGGAGGAGCAAGGCUGUCUAGGUGCCUGUUAAGGGACUUGGUUACUGCUAACAGUCCAUGGGUUAGGGGGUACAGCACAGCAUCUACUUUCAUCCCAGGAGCUGUAGAGUAAAAUUCAAUGGCAUGUCACCUACUAUGCAUUAGAACAGGAAUGUUAAAGGGACUCUCCAGUGCCAGGAAAACAAUCCGUUUUCCUGGCACUGCAGGUCCCCUCUCCCUCCCACCUCCCAUCCCCGGUUGCUGAAGGGGUGGAAACCCAUUCAGUUACUUACCAAAGUCAGCGACAAUGUCUCUUGUUGCUGCUUCCGCCGCCGCUCCUCCCCUUCAUCACGUCAGCCAGCGGGGGAGAUUGAUCACGCCCGCCGGCUGAGGAGACAAUGCGCAUGCGCGGCAAUGCCGGUAGAGCUCUCCAUAGGAAAGCAUUAAAAAAGCUUUUCAAUGCUUUCCUAUGGGGAUUUUAGCGACGCUGGAGGUCAUCACAUAGCGUGAGAACGUCCAGCGACGCUCUAGCACACCUGUGCUAGAAUCCCGGAAUUGCCCUCUAGUGGCUGUCUAGUAGACAGCCACUAGAGGAGGAGUUAACCCUGCAAUGUAAUUUUGGCAGUUUAUGAAAACUGCAAUAAUUACAGUUGCAGGGUUAAGGGUAGUGGGAAUUGGCACCCAGACCACUCCAAUGGGCAGAAGUGGUCUGGAGUGUCCCCCUUAACAAGUUUUUUUAAUUGUUGUUUUUUCAGUACUCCUAAAAGGCAUCGGUCUGUUUUAGCAUCUUUGGCAGUCAGUCUUGGCAAGCAUUUUAACCCAGUUUUUACUAUAGAGAACUGCAUUUCCUUGAAUGUGUACUAUAAUCAUUAUAGUACCCUGACUGAGUAUGUCAGGGAAGAUAUAGGGAUUUAUUUAGAAAACAUUAUUUAAAGGGACACUCCACUGCCCAAUUCAAAAAUAAAAAUAAAUCACUGUUUUAAUAGAUACACCCCCAAUGAAAACCUGUAUUUAACUAUGGAUCGUUCAUUUGGUGUAUGUCUAAACAAACUGCUUACAAUAGCUGCAGAUCUUUUGUAAGCCUUCCUCUUCUUCCAAAGCCCAGAUUUUCUGUGGCUGUCCAAUCACAGACUUCACAAUGCAGAUCAAUGAGAAAUCUUUGCCAGAGAGGUGCUCUAAGCAGUUGCCUGUCUCUUGAGUAUAGCUGAGCUAAACAACCAGUAAAUAACAUGGCUGGUUUUCUGACUGACAGCUGGGGUGUAACAAGGUUAAUUUUUAUUUUAUUUUUGUUUAAAUCUGCAUCAUUUUGUAACCUGAAAAAAGAGAACACACUGUACAUACAUAAAACAUUUUAGCAGUCUGGAAAGCCCCUUUAAUUGUGAACUUUCAGCAGUAAUAGAUUGUGGUUGUUGGGGGAGGGGGGGGGGGUAGAGAUUGCAAGUAUCCAAUACACUAGCAUUCAGUGCAGAUAGGAGAGCAUAGAGCAAGUAGAGUAGUUUGCUGAGCCUCGGACACCUUUUCCUUUUAAAGAUUCUACAUUCUCUAUUGUGCCUGUCAUCUAGCCUUUACAGAGCUCCCAAAACCUCACAUGCUAGAGUCAACUUGCAAUAUCCCCGCACUGUUUGCCCACUUCAAUCUGUUCUACACAAAUACUGAAAACACAAAAUCUCCCACACGCUAUCUUCAGUGCUGAAGACUUUAAGGCCUGUAUCAAGGCAAAUACUUAUUUUGCAUCUAGAUUGUUGGGUGGCCCUUGCUCUUAUCCACAGUGCUCCAUAUGACACUAGAAGACACUGGUGUGCAAAGAAUUACUCUGCGGAUCCACAGAAUUACUUUUCCUGAUCAUAAUUAUGUGAUGCAUCACCUCUGGUUACUUAAAGAACAUGUGUAGAAGUGUCAAAACACAAAGUAGCAAUAGUUUUUUUUUUUUUGUUGUUUUUUUUUUUUAAGAUAUGAAAAUACAGCCUUUAAAUAUGACAUGUUUUUGCAAAUUCAAACAAGGUAUAUUUGUUAAAACGUUAAUACAAUUGCAAUGUUGCUUUAAAUGGCAAAGAAAAAUUGCGAAUACAUUACAAGGGAGCGACUGGGCCACAAAGCCUAUUUAUCAUGCUUACAUAGGUAAUACCUAGGAAAUUAAAAAAUGGUUAUUUUUUGUGUCUGUUACAAGAUUCUCAUCUGUACAGGUGGAAGUGUAAUUUAUUGUUAUUUUUAAUGAUGGUCAAACCUGAAGAAAAUAAUAAAGAAUAUUGUUACAAACCUGUACUAAUUGUUUCUUGAUGUCUAUUCAUACGAUGUAUUGUUCAUUUAAAGGAACACUAUAGUCACCUAAAUUACUUUAGCUAAAUAAAGCAGUUUUAGUGUAUAGAGCAUUCCCCUGCAAUUUCACUGCUC